CCAGCGCGGGAGGUGGAAAGAGCAGAACAGCACCAGCUGUACCCCUUUGUUGUUCUUUCUUGUACUAAUUAAAUGAGCAAAUAAGCACAAACCCAAGUGCCAUUGUGGAGAUUUGUGUGCAAAUGAAGAAGGGUUCUGUUCCUUUGAACAAUUUGGGUACCUUUUUGAGCCCAGGAGCACUAAAUAAUCGGGAUGGCAGUGUGAUGGUGCAGAAAGGGUGGAGUUCAGAGCGAGUCCCGCAUCCGGCAAAUAGCAGGGGAUGCAGCAGGAGACACAUCAGUGCUGCGUCUCUUACACCGUUUUAUAGCGGAAGGACGUUGCCUUCCAAAUGGGAGGAUGCGGAGAGGUGGGUUUGUAGUCCCUUUCUGGGUUAUGGGGUUAGCAACGAUGCCCAUUAUCAGUUUCAGAGGCGGCCUAAGUCCAAGAGUGGGCCGAUUGUUCCUCCAGGGAUUGGGUUCUAUUCCAAUUGCUCUCCCGCUGCAAUGCAGGUGUCUGAUGCUGGUGGUGGGAGUGUCAAGAGUUUGGUGGUGGGGUCUCCUUUUUCAACUGGGGUUUUGAUCCCAGAUGGGGUUUCUGUUCAUUACGGUGGCUUUGGUGGUGGUCACGGCGGCGGCAAUGUUGACAGGCAAUCUAGUCUUGUGCAGUAUGAGAAAUUUGAGGAAAUAAAGGAUUCAGAAACAACAAUUUCUCCCAUGGUUUCACGAAGGGAUAUGGCAACGCAAAUGAGUCCUGAGAGUAGUAGCAGCCACUCAUCUCCCAAAGAGGGAUCUUCAAUUUGUUCCUCUACUCCCUCCAUCCUUCCUAUUGUGGAGAAGGACGACCAUCCUUCUAAGAUGGAAAUUAGGGAAGUGCAGGUAGACAAACGAGUCACCACGACUAACUGGUCCAAAAGAUCUAGAAUAAUGAAGAAAGACCAGCCGCCUGAUGUUGAAGAUUUCUAUAGUAUCGAUGGAGCUGCUUCCGCUUCAUCUUUUGAUAUUUCAGAGGCAGCAACAAGCAUCUCAAAAUUGCAGAGAGAGGAAGCAAAGAUCUCUGCAUGGGAAAAUUUGCAGAGGGCAAAAGCUAAGGCAGCCAUUCGAAAACUCGAGGUGAAACUGGAAAAGAAGAGAGCGGCAUCCAUGGAUAAGAUUUUGAAUAAGGUGAGAUUGGCUGAGCUGAAAGGCCAGGAAAUGAGAAGUUCAAUUUCAGUAAAGCAGGAACAACAGGUUACAGGGACUUCGCACAAGGUUACAUUCUUCCGCAAGCUUACCCGCAUUAGUACUUUGAAUUGCUUCACCUGCCCUGCGUUCUAGUUUCUCGUACCAUGGAAUCAUUCCAAAAUUUUGUAUGUGCUCUCACCUUUAUUUACUCUCUCAUGUAUGAUAUCUUCCAUCUGCAUUCUAUAAUGUGUCUUGGGCAAAUGGAUCUAAGCAUUAGCAGCAGCAAU